AUGCCUCGUGCUAUGGCGCAGAGUCUCGAAACCAGACCGUCUGUCUCGGACCUGCAGGGCGACAGUCCAUGGGUAGCCCUCGCCAAAACCCAUUGGCUCAAGCAGAAAAAAGUGCGCAAAGCCAAGCAGGAUGUCCUCACCAACGACAUCUGGAAUCCGCUUGAAGCUGAAGGCUUUCCAACGCGAUCGCUACUGACAUUGGAGAACUUGAAUAUCUUGGAAAAGUUUCUCUGGCCUACCUAUACCGAAGAUGCAUCAAACCACCAUGUUCUGUUGAUCGCUGUCAUUGUAGGCAUCAAGCAUGGGGAGCAUUUGCCAAUUUGGGAGCAUUUUCUCGACCGUCCCGACGAUUUCUCCAAUUUGUUCCACCGCAUUCUGUCAAUGAGCUUGGAUUCGUCACUUUCCAGUUUUUCAAGGCUGUCUAUCCUGUCAUUUAUCAUCAGCUGCUUCCAGUCCCUUGAGAAUAACAUGAUUCGGAAAGAAUGCGCGCCCCUGGUAUCGAUAUCAAUCUGGCACAAUCUGUCUAGCGAGGCAAAAAGGGACCAAAUCCUGGAAAAGGCGCCAAUACUGAAGAAGGCAUGGAGAGCUUCAGGGAAACGUUUCGAGGCUGGCGAUGAACCAGCCAAAGCGAAAAUUCGAUUUGAAAGAUCCUGGCUCUUCACAUUGCUUUUGGAUUUGCUCCAAAGGCUCAAUGCGACCGGCCAGCCCCAAGUCGACGACUUGCGAUACUGCGAACGAUUCUUUGAGCUACUCGUUGAUCUCGAGAGUCAGCUGCCGACAAGGAGAUAUGUCAAUACCCUCCUGAAAGACCUGAACCUCCUUCCUCUGAUCCGACUUUCUCCCUUGUAUAACUCAGCCGACCAGACCCUGAUUCGCGACUUCUACUCACUGCUACAACAUUUUGUGGAGUUUGCCAUUGAUGACUACACAGGAGAGUCACUGUCCACGCAGGAUGUGUAUGACAUUCAUUGUCAGCAACUGGCCCGGCUCCAAAGAACAGCCAUCAAACAUUUCAAGGAAAAGUUGACCAUUCUUGCUCUCUCCAAUUAUGGUUCCAUUGAGCAGCGAUCAGAGCUUGAGGGAAGUCUAUCCGAUUUGACCGAUGACGAACUUCAAGACCUCUGUGCACGUCUUGGCUUUAGGACUACAUAUCCAAAGCAAUCCCAGGUUGUGCCUCGUCGGCAACUGUAUCUAGAGGUUUUGGUAUCUCAUUUCGAACGAAAACUCUCUUUUCAAGAAUCGGCGGCCAAGCUGAGUGUUUUGCCUACCGAAGAGACCCUCUAUGACCCUGCGUUGUUGCGAAAUGAGACCUAUGACGGGUCGCGUCCUCUUGCCAUUCCAAAAUUGAAUCUACAGUACUUGAGUCUUGGUGACUUUAUGUGGCGUUCAUUUUUGCUUUACCGUUCAGAAGCAUUCUUCGGGAUCAGAAAGGACCUAGAGGGAAUUUUGAAGCGACUGCAGCCACGGCUAAACCAAUCAACUCAAGCAGUCGUGUUCGAAGGUUUCUCAAAGAUGGCAAUCCCUAUAGCCAAGCCGGCAAUCAUCGAAGUUGCUCCUCCCAAGGUUGGAUCAGCGAAACCAGCCUUUGUCCGAGCCGAGCUUACUCUUGAGGUUGGCCGCCUCAAUGACAGCAUACGAAAAGAAUGGGAGUCUCUUCGCCCAGAUGAUGCCGUUUUCCUCCUUGCGGUCACGUCGCCAACUUCUCCAAAGUCUCUCGGUGUGUCAGAAGCUCCUUCUUUAACCUAUGUUCGUACAGCAGAGGUUGUGCAAGUCUUAGACGAAAACGGGCGUGUAUUGCGUGAGCCUAAAUCAAACCAAGAAAAUGGCUUUACGCGGAGACCACAACUUAGAAGACUGCUGUUGAACCUGGACGCCGAUGCUUUCCAAGCAGACAGCGAUCGGAAAUCUCAAGGAAAGCCUGAUGUCUACCCGUUGAUCAACGUUGUCGUGAGGAGAAGAGGAAGAGAGAAUAACUUCAAGCCGGUACUUCAAACGAUGCAACAGCUUAUCACGUCGAAUAUCGCGCUACCCUCUUGGCUCCAAGAAAUUUUCCUCGGGUAUGGAGAUCCGGCCAGUGCUCGCUACACUGAACUCCCCAAUAGGGUCAAGUCUCUGGAUUAUCGCGAUACAUUUUUGGAUUGGCAACACCUGGUAGAAACCUAUCCCGGCAAGACCAUCGAACCGUCCGCAAAUGAGACCUCAAGCUUUGGACCCCCGUAUGUUCUUCACCAUGAAGACGAGGCCCUUCCUACGAGUACGUCAAAUGCGUCGAAGAAGCGUCGACGUGGUCAGGUCGAAACACCAGCAGAAGCUGGUGUCAUCCAUGUAUCCACCUACAAACCUCCAAACCGGGGGCCUUAUCCCGUGGAUGCCCCUAGGCUCAAUACUAUCCGUUUUACCCCAGCACAAGUUGAGGCAAUCACUUCAGGCAGUCAGCCUGGUUUGACGGUAAUUGUUGGUCCUCCUGGCACGGGCAAAACCGAUGUGGCAACACAGAUUAUAAACAACAUCUAUCAUAAUUUCCCCAACGAGCGAACACUUCUUGUUGCACACAGCAAUCAAGCUCUGAACCAGCUCUUUCAAAAGAUCGUCGCACUAGACAUAGAUGAACGCCAUCUUCUUCGACUGGGUCACGGUGAAGAGGAGUUAGAAACGGAGACAAGUUAUAGCAAAUACGGGCGAGUGGAAUCAUUCCUUGAAAACCGCACCCACUUGUUGGCCGAGGUUAACCGCUUGGCUGCUUCGAUUGGAGCUACGGGUGCACAUGGCAACUCUUGUGAGACGGCUGGCUAUUUCAACACGGUUUAUAUUCAGCCAUCUUGGGCCAAAUUCUGGGAAAUGGCACACUCUGAGCAGACUUCUGUGGAGGAUGUGGUGAUGUCUUUCCCAUUUCACUCGUACUUUUCGAAUGCGCCAAAGCCUAUCUUUGAGCCUGGAAGUUCCAAGGAUGAUGUUUUGGACGCUGCCGCGGGUGGACAACGGCACAUAGAGAAGAUUUUCUCCGAGUUGGAGGAUAUCCGACCAUUCGAGAUUCUACGACAACCUCGCGAUCGUGCGAAUUAUCUUUUGAUCAAAGAAGCUAGAAUCAUUGCGAUGACCUCUACACAUGCUGCAAUGCGUCGACAGGAAAUUGCCGAACUAGGUUUCCGCUAUGACAAUGUUGUUAUGGAAGAAGCAGCGCAAAUAACCGAAAUUGAAACGUUUAUUCCCUGUGCCUUGCAAGAUAUUUCAGAUGGACAAUUACCGCUGAAACGUGUUGUUAUGUGCGGUGAUCAUCUGCAAAAUUCUCCCAUUGUGCAGAAUCUCGCGUUCAGACAAUAUGCCAAUUUCGAACAAAGUCUCUUUCUGAGGUUAGUUAGGUUGGGUGUACCUACUAUCACACUCGACCAGCAAGGCCGAGCGCGGCCAACCAUAGCGGACCUCUUCAAGUGGCGUUAUCAAAACCUGUCUAAUCUUCCUGCUGUUGAGGAGAAGCCAGAAUACAAGGUCGCCAAUCCGGGUUUCCGUUUUGAUUACCAAUUUAUCAACGUCCCAGACUACCAAGGCACUGGAGAAAGAGAACCAAGUCCACACUUCAUCCAGAAUCUCGGUGAAGCCGAAUACGCUGUGGCUAUCUACCAAUACAUGCGACUUCUGGGAUACCCUGCGUCCAAGAUUUCAAUUCUCACAGCAUAUGCUGGGCAAAGGGCUUUGAUCAGGGACGUCCUGAACCAUCGCUGUGUCAAGCACCCCUUCUUUGGACUUCCCAAGAUAGUCACGACAGUUGACAAAUAUCAAGGCGAGCAGAACGACUAUGUUAUUCUUUCACUUGUUCGCACACGGACAGUAGGCUAUCUUCGCGAUGUGCGCCGCCUCACGGUCGCGUUGUCACGGGCUAGGCUUGGUCUAUACGUUCUCGGCCGACUGGACGUCUUUGCCUCGUGCUAUGAAUUGAAACCAGCAUUUGACCUACUCACCCAGCGACCUGACAAGCUUAUGCUGGUUCCCGGCGAAAUGUUCCCUACUACUCGAUUACAAGAAGACGAGGUCGAGGGGACAGCAAUGGAAGGUCUCGAGCACCUAGGACAGUACGUCUUUGAAAUGACCGAGGCCAAGAUGAAGGCAGUGGGAGCUAAUGCUCUCAUUGCCGACAACAUUCCCAACGAAGACGACGAGGACGAGGCAAUGCUAGGCCCUGGUGACGACGAAGAAGACCUCACUAUUCAACAAGGCCUAUGA